AAUCGAACUAGAGACAAAAUGAGGGGAUUUAAAAUCUGGUUCAAAAAAUCAUGCCGUUUUGACACCAAUCGUGAUGAAUUUAAACAUAUCAUGUCAUUUAUCUGAUUAAAUAAAACAUUGCGUUUCAAUUUACCAUCAUAUCUCUGUUCAGAAUAGACGAUACCAUUGACGAAGGGUUACAUGCAUUUACGUUUCAAUAGUUGAGGGUUUACAAAUAUAAACUUUUAGUUGGAAGGUUUUUCGUCUGAUCUAAAAAUAGUUGGAGUUUAAAUCACUAAAAACAAAAACAAAAUUUAAACAUCUCGUGUCGUUUUUGUUAUUAAGUAAAACCCCGUGUUUCAAUUUAACGCAUCGACGACUUUGUCGUUGGAGGGUUAACGUCAUUAACAGUUUAAUAGUUGAGGGUUUUAAAAUAUAAAGUUUUAGUUGAAAGUUUUUCAUCCGAUCUAAAAAUAGUUGAACUAAAAACCCAUUUUUUAAAGGAAUAAGUAUUCAUUAAUAAAUUAUUUUUUUGUUGGCAAGUUUCUUAUCACUUUCACAGGAUAUAGAUUUCCAGAUGUCCACAAAAAAAUUUUGGUUUUUACUAUAAUUUAAUUUUUUUUAUGACAUUUUUUCUAUAUAUUGGGAAACGUCUGAAGCUGAAAUGAUGAUGUGCAAAAACACCAUACAACCACAUUUAUCUCAAAGUUUCUACAAACAGACAUAAAUGAUAUGUCUCCGAUUUCAAAUCUCUUCACCGACAACACAAUGAGCGUUCCUCCUUACGCAAUUCUAGUUCUCACUACUAUCAUUACAGUUCUCUGGUUCCUUCUCAAACGCUCGCCGCAACCGCCUCUACCACCUGGACCCCGAGGGCUACCUAUCGUCGGAAACCUCCCGUUUCUUAAACCGGACCUUCACACCUACUUCAGAGACCUCGCUCAAGAAUACGGUCCAAUCUUCAAACUCAACCUUGGCUCAAAACUAACCGUCGUGGUCAACACUCCGUCGCUAUCCCGAGAGAUCUUGAAAGAACAAGACAUCAACUUCUCAAACCGUGACGUCCCUCUCACGGCUCGAGCCAUUAGCUAUGGUGGUCUCGACAUUGUUUGGUUACCGUACAGUGCGGAGUGGAGAAUGCUUAGAAAAGUUUGUGUUCUCAAACUACUAAGCCGCAAAACGUUGGAUUCAUUCUACGCCCUACGGCGCAAAGAGAUCCGAGAGAGAACGAGGUUUUUAUACGAGAAAAGUCGAGAAAAAUCGGCGGUGAACGUUGGUGAUCAGUUGUUUGUGACGAUGAUGAACCUAAUGACGAAUAUGUUAUGGGGAAGUUCGGUGAAGGCCGAGGAGAUGGAGAGUGUUGGAACAGAAUUUAAAGGAGUGGUCUCUGAUAUAACUAGGCUUUUGGGUGAGCCUAAUGUUUCAGAUUUUUUUCCGUGGCUAGCGAGAUUUGAUCUUCAAGGGCUCGUGAAGCAGAUGCGCGUGUAUGCUCGUGAGCUCGAUGCCAUAUUCGACGGAGCCAUUGAGAAGAUGACAAAUCUAGGAAGUAAGAAUGAUGGUGAGUGCAAAGACUUUUUGCAACAGUUGAUGAAGCUAAAGGACCAAGAAGCCAACUCGGAGGUUCCCAUUACGAUUAACCAUGUCAAAGCCGUACUCGCGGAUAUGGUGAUUGGUGGUACUGAUACAUCUACAAACACGAUAGAGUUUGCUAUGGCAGAGCUUAUAAAGAACCAAGAGUCGAUGAAGAGAGCGCAACAUGAGCUAGACGAAGUUGUAGGAAAAGAUAACAUCGUUGAAGAAUCACACAUCACUAAACUUCCUUACAUAGUAGCCAUUAUGAAAGAAUCACUUAGGCUUUACCCCACCGUUCCUUUGUUAGUCCCUCACCGUCCAGCAGAAACAACUGUGGUCGGCGGUUACACAGUCCCUAAGGACACUAAGAUCUUCAUCAAUGUCUGGUCUAUUCAGAGAGAUCCAAACGUGUGGGAAAAUCCGAACGAAUUUCGUCCCGAGAGGUUUCUUGAUAAGAAGUCUUGUGAUUUCCAUGGAACUGACUAUAGCUUUCUUCCUUUUGGAUCAGGCCGGAGGAUUUGCGCCGGUUUAGCACUUGCCGAGAGGAUGGUUCAGUACACUCUUGCCACGCUGUUACAUUCAUUUGAUUGGAAGAUUCCGGAAGGCCAUGUGUUCAAUGUGGAAGAUAAGUUUGUUAUUGUCUUGAAGCUCAAAAACCCUCUUAUUGCCAUGCCUGUUCCGAGGUUGUCUGAUCCUGAUCUUUAUCUGUAGAAGCUAAGAUCGUUGUGUUUAUGUAGUUUUCGGACGUCAUCUAUGUUUUUUGUAGUAAAACUAAUCACCAGUUUUGGUUAAAAAUAACAAAAUUAUUGAACAA